GAAGGGGUGAAUUGAAAUUUAAAAGCACUCUGGGGACGAAGAAAACAAUUGUUUCCUCCGUUAUCCAUUCUUUUAUGUCUCUCUUAACUCUGAAACAGCCUAGCGGAAGAGGACGGAUAUGAAAAUGCUAGAGUUUAGAACUGUACCUCACUUGUUUUCUUUAAACCCAAAGGUUGUGCCUCCAAUUCGGCAUGUUGAUUUCUUGAUUCCAAACAACAUGUUGGGAAGAAAAUGUGCUUCUCUUAGGAUGGGCUGUGGUCUAGGACACUUUUCUGACUGGACAAGAACUGGACGCUGUGCUGUAUUAUUAGGUGCAAAUGCAAGAGUUGGAGACACUGAAGUUUCUACAUCCGAAUUUGAAGAUUUUUCUGUCACCACAAGGGGUGCCAGUGGUUCAAAUGAAUUAAAGAUAAGUGUUAAUGUCUCCGGUGGCAAAACUCAAGAAAUCUUUGACAGGGUAUUCUCCAGAAUGGUUGAAGAUGCUCAACCUAUUCCAGGGUUUCAAAGAGUAAAAGGAGGAAAAACUCCCAAUAUACCAAGAGAGAUUCUUUUGGAAAUUCUUGGAUACUCAAAAGUUUAUAAGCAAGUUAUCAAGAAAAUAAUCAACUCUACCAUCAGCAAAUAUGUAGAAAAGGACAGUCUAACAGUGUCGAAAGAUCUACAAAUUGAGCAAAGUUUUGAAGAUCUUGAAGCAAUAUUUGAACCUGGUGAUCCGUUCACAUUCAGUGCAAUUGUUCAGCGUCAACAUCCUCAGUGAACUGAUUGUACAAUUACCAUUCUUUGGACAUCUAUGGUUCUAUGUUGGAUUCAGUUAACAACAGCAGUGGCUUGAAAUUUAUUAACUGUUGCAAAAGAGUAUGUGGAAGGUUCUUGUUCUUUUCUUCUUUUUUGUCAUGGCAGGUUUAGGUCGAAGGUCGAAGAACAAUGAUUUUUCGGCAGGAUUUUUCUGGUGAUGGAUAUGAAAGUGCAUCCUUAUUGUCUCUGAA